AUGCCAUGUUCAAUCCACGUAGGCUUCUCAGAAUACUCUCAAAAUUACGUACCGCUAAAAUUUUUGCAGACUCAAGCCUCAUGUCUUCCUGUCAGUGCCCUGCACACUCUCAGAGUUGGCGAAUAUCGAAUUCUUUUUGCCGGGGCUGGACCCCAUUUUGAGGUUUUAGGACAGGACGGACGUAGGCUUCUUUUUUCCCAGGUUUUCAAAGCCCAGGCUCUCCACGGCAUCCGAACGCAUGGUGAUGUCUUGAUGGUGAGCAACAACCAUGUCCUCAACAUUCUUUUCUGGGGCGGCAAAUUGGUGCGGCUGGGCAGGUUGACGAUAUCCAAUGAUGAGGCUAUGCGUCUCCAUCUUCAGUUAUCAAAUGAAGUUGACGUGGGAGACUGGAUUCUCGAUGCUGUUUUCGACGACUCGAGUAUAUUCAUGCUUACAGCGCAUAAUGUACUUAUGACCUUUAUUAUGGCCAUUGAUGCACAUAAACUCAAUAUAGAUCGGAAUGACUUUCGGAGAAUUCGUGGCCCAGGUUCUUUCCUCUACUCAGGCGACCUGCGUGUUGCUGAUUCGAACCUGCUCAUCGUCGCUGCGGGAACAGUGUUUGGCGAGAUCCUGGUUUGGACAUGCUCCAGGAAGGAUAGCGACCAGCCAGAAUGGAAUACCUCUGCAAAGCAUGCAUUUACUGGGCACAAAGGCUCUGUUUUUGGCGUUGCAAUAUCCCCAAAAAUCGUUCUAGGCGACAGACCAACUCGCUUGCUUGCAAGUUGUAGUGAUGACCGCACGGUUCGAGUGUGGGAUAUUGGGGACCAUGGGAAGCUCUCCUCAGAGCCCGAAGGCCGUAUCAUCUCCACGGAGACUGGCUUUGGAACGGUCAGCAACGGCGAAAAGUCAGAGGUGGCAUCUGCAUGGGGCCAUGCAUCCCGUAUCUGGGGCGUUCACUUUGUUCCCCUGAUGGAGAACAUGGGCAACCCCAAGAUUUUGCUGCUGUCGAGAGGAGAAGAUACCGUAUGUCAGCUCUGGUCUCUUGAGCUUACGCCGGAAGAAGGCAUGAAAUUAUUACCCCUAAGCAGUGAUCGGUACCAUUCGGGGAAGAAUGCAUGGUCAAUGUGCCUGGGUACUGACGAUCGAGGCUCGGUGGUCUUUACUGGUGGUGCUGAUGGUCAAAUCGUAUCGAGACAGCUCACCCUACUUAACGCCACUAAACACCAUCCGCCGAAAUUAUCAACGCCGGCUAAGGAGCUGACAGGGUCAUCUAAGGCUCUAAAGCAGUAUCUCCCUUUCAGAGAGAGCAUGUGCUUUGCAAGCACUGAUGCAGGGGAUGUCUACAGCAUAAUUAUUGAGAGCGGCGAACUGAAAUGUACACAUCUCUACAACAGUCCCACCCGGUGUAGCAUCAUGAUGUGCCGAGCUGACACACUUGGGGUUGCUCUGGUAGCUCAACAACGAGAUGGUCUAUUUGCAUUGACGGCCGACAAAGACAGCCUUUUGCUGCCCAUUUCAUUACCUAACAAACUCAGCAUUGUGUGGUUGCAGGUCGCUUGCACUCAUCGAAGGCAUGCGGGUCCUACCUGCGUCGUUGCUGCCUUGGUGAACAAUGAGGCAAUGAUUAUCUGGUUGGAAAGAGAAGGAAGCUCAUUUCGAGGCCAGCACACCCCGCUCCAGCUUCCAGAAUCAUUUGUUGUGGCAGCUUGCUGUUACUACGAGCCAGGCGAAACGUUGCUACUGGGCUCCCGUGCCGGUGCGCUCGCUGUAUAUACCAGCGUGACCACCAACUCUAGCAUAGCAGAAGCAUCCUUGUGCUUGAGACACGCUCAUGGUACAGACUGUGUAAGCUCGAUCAGAGUCUUUGAAGCUCCGAGUUGGGACGUGGCUUCUACAAACGAGGUGUACUUCCUGACGACAGGCCGCGAUGGUACUUAUGCUGUCCAUCGACUGAUUCUUCCUCAAGGAGCCUUUUCAACGGUUCACGUAUCAAAGCCCCCUAUUGGGCCAUAUAUUGAUGGAUCAUACUUGCUUCCUUCUGAAGAGCUAUUGGGCACACGUUCGCAUGAUUUGAUGCUCUACGGGUUCCGCUCGACCUCUUUCAUCGUUUGGAAUGAAACCCGACAGUCAACGUUUCUUUCAGUUGAAUGCGGCGGGGCACAUCGGAGUUGGGCAUAUUACGAUCCAAUUUUGUCGAACAGCGUGAUGCCGCAACAGGACGGUAUUCAAGCCAACGUCGGGACAGCAUCCUUCAUCUGGCAUCAAGCUGGCAGAUUCAAUUGGCAUAUGAGGCAUGGACGAGAUCAUACAGUAAUAAGAACUGGUGGCCACGGCCGAGAAAUCAAAGCAGUGACUCGCAGCCCAAAGCUUGUUCAAGGGGGUGCUCUGAUUGCCACGGGAGCCGAGGACACGAAUAUACAAUUAUUCCUGGUUUCUGUUAGGCAGAAAACGCCCACGGCAUCUCUUACAGCUCAAGAAGGCAUUAUUCGACCUGACAAUGCUCUCGACAACACCGCUUUUCGUAGCAUAGCGACCUUGAGGGGACACAAUACAGGGCUGCAACACCUUCUGUUCGCUCCUUCGGGAGACUAUCUCUUCAGCAGUGCUGGUCGUGAAGAGUUCUUAGUUUGGAAGCUCACCCUCGACGUACCUUGCAUCGAGGUUGGGACAAUUCUCUGGGAUGUUAUGCCCAAAGAAGAUGAGGACUCUGACGCCAGAAUCAUGGAUUUUGAUUUACGUUUCAAGAGCACCGAAAAAGGGGUCGGCCAGACGAGGAAGUCUUCCGAUCAAGCCUACAUCUUAACGCUGGCAUAUUCGAAUGGCAAAUCGAAAGUGCUCGAAUAUACUCCAGCUGUAGCAUGCAACCAAGGCACAUUUGUGACUUUGCACGAGAUCCAUUAUGGUUCCUUUUGUAUCCUGCAAGCGUCUCUGCUGUCAUCUCCCUUGCAGAUAAUUUCAGCUGGGACAAAUGGGUUUCUGAACCUCAAUCAGCUUGAUUUCUUACUCGGGUCAGGUUUUGACGGGGGCACACAAGUUGCACAAUCAAUCAACACGACCAGGCUCCACCAAAUCCAUCAAAGCAGUAUUCUCUCGAUGGACAUCAUUGCACUCGAUACAGCAACUUCUUUCAUCGCUACCGGUGGGGAUGACAACGCACUUGCCUUUACUCUGCUCUCAAACAUUCACCCUUCAACUAGAGGGAAUGAUGCCACGGGCAAAGCCACUCUGGAGGAUCGAGACUUUCGAACAAUUGUCAUCCCUCGAGCUCACGCUGCGGCCCUCACAGCGCUCAAGAUAGUGAAUAUAUCAGGCACAGCACGCCUUUACACUGUCAACAUUAUCAGCGCUGGAAACGAUCAGCGUGUGAAAGCGUGGAAAGUCCAGAUCGACUUAUCAAAGACUGAUAGUACGCCUAUGUCUGGCAGACCUCCUACGACGACGUCACAAUACGACAGACUGUGCGAGGUAAUGCAGGUACAGAGAUUAAGUUCGGCGUGGACAUCUGUUGCCGAUGUAAGCAGCGUCGAAGUUGUAUAUCAGUAUGGAAUAGAACAAGAGAACAUGGACAGCUUUACCAUGGGAGAAAUGCCUAGAUCGGGCAGCAAGUGCGAGAUCAUUGUGGUUGGAGUUGGUAUGGACUUACUGAGCAUCACUUGGUAA